AUGACUGAUGACAACUAUGACUACAGAAUUGCAACGAGUGCUGAUCGUCAACGGAUUCUAGAUUUCUUAUUAGAACAUUUUUACAAAGAAGAACCACUUUGCCGGGCAUCAAAAAUGUCGAAGGAAGAGCUCUUGAAAGUCGUAUCGCAUAUCGUGGACAUUUCUCUAAAGGAUCCAUUUUCCACAAUAGUCACAUGCAAAAGUACUUUUUACGCAAAAUUGGUUGACUAUGUUUAUUUCAGUCUACAUACAAAUUUGUUUUCAGGAGCGAUUCUCAAUGAACUUCACAACUCCUUUUUCGAUCUUGUACCUGACCAUGUGAAAACGGUUCUGCACAGGGAAAUAAGCAGUGUCGGUAAACCAUAUCAACGUCAGGGAAUAGCAACGAAGAUGAUGAACUUCAGUUUCUCAUAUGAAAAACUGCAGUAUGGAAUAGAUGGUAUUAUGUCAGAAACGUCUUCUUUUGCUAAUCAGAAAUUGCUUGCAAGAUAUGGGUUCAAGCGCCUGAAGGUUAUCCGACUGUCGGAUUGGAGAGACAGUAAUGGCCGACCACUUCUCCAACCAGACGAUGGAACUGAAGAAGCCGUUCUUAAUUGGAAACCAGUUGAAGAGCUGGUAUUCAUUGAUCACUAUCACCUAAGUCUGGGAUAUUGUUUGUUUGGCUCACUAUUUAACUCCUCGAACGAUUCGAGUACAAAAAAGUGA